GUAGGCACGGGCACCUCCCUGGCUCUCUCCUCGCUGCUGUCGCUGCUGCUCUUCGCCGGGAUGCAGAUGUACAGCCGGCAGCUGGCCUCCACCGAGUGGCUGACCAUCCAGGGCGGGCUGCUGGGCUCCGCGCUCUUCAUCUGCUCCCUCACCGCCUUCAACAACCUGGAGAACCUCGUCUUUGGUAAAGGCUUCCAGGCCAAGAUAUUCCCCGAGAUCCUCACCUGCCUCUUGCUGGCUCUCUUCGCCUCUGGCCUCAUUCACCGAGUCUGCGUGACCACCUGCCUCAUCUUUUCCAUGGUCGGCCUCUACUACAUCAACAAGAUCUCCUCCACCCUCUACCAGUCCGCAGCGCCCGUCGCUGCUCCCGCCAAGGCUGUCGGCAAAGGCAGGAAGAGGAAUUGA